AUGUUGGCCAUCCUUCUGUUCCUGCCUCUCGGACUUGCUGCCGCGGAGACUGGAAUCGAUGCCUGGCUUCGCUAUGCACCUAUACCGGACGCCGAGAGCUACCAUGGCUCUAUCCCCUCUAUAGUCGUAGCUCUGAACGACUCGCAAAUCAGUCCAGUCUACACGGCCGGUCAGGAGUUGCAGCAGGGAAUCAAUGGUAUCUUCGGCAAGGACUGCACGGUCCAGUACGAAGGUGGUGACGGACCUUCGGUGACUGUUGGCACGGUUGCUGGCUACGCUGAGACCGGCGGCAGCAUUGAUGAGCUUCCCGAGCUCGUCGAUGAUGGGUUCUAUAUGUCUACUGUGGGAGGCGAGGCGCUUAUUCUUGGCCAAAACGAGCGUGGUGCCCUGUAUGGAGCCUUCCAUUAUCUGGAACUGCUGGCCCAAGGCAACGUAACCGAACUUGCCUUCGCCUCCAAUCCUGACGCGCCGAUUCGUUGGGUCAAUCAAUGGGAUAAUUUGCGCGAUGGCGGCACGCACGGCAGCAUCGAGCGUGGCUAUGGUGGACACUCAAUCUUCUUCUGGGAUGGGGUGGUGCGAGACGACCUCACGAGGGCUUCUCAGUACGCCCGACUCCUGGCCUCCAUUGGCAUUAAUGCGGUCAUCGUCAACAACGUAAACGCAAACGAGACAAUACUCAACGAAACGAACCUCGAUGGCGUUGCCAGAAUCGCUGAUGCCUUCCGCCCAUAUGGCGUACAACUCGGCUUGAGCCUCUAUUUCGCAUCUCCUGAGGCUCUAGGCGGUCUGGACACAUUCGACCCUCUCAACGACACGGUAGUGGAGUGGUGGAACGACAAGACAAACCAGAUCUACGAAAAGAUCCCAGACUUCGCCGGCUACCUCGUCAAAGCGAACUCGGAAGGCCAGCCGGGACCAAUCACGUACAAUCGCACGCUUGCAGAUGGCGCCAACCUGUUUGCUCGAGCCCUCAAGCCCCAUGGCGGUAUCAUCAUGUUCAGGGCCUUUGUGUACGACCACGAGAGUCUCAACCAAACACUCAACUGGAAAGCCGAUCGUGCUAAUGCGGCCGUCGAGUUCUUCGAUGGCCUUGAUGACCAAUUUGAAGAUAACGUGGUCGUUCAAAUCAAGUAUGGUCCGAUCGACUUUCAAGUCCGCGAACCCGUCAGUCCGCUGUUCACGCAUCUCGUCAAAACUCCCGUGACGGUGGAGCUGCAGAUCACACAAGAGUACCUCGGACAGCAAUGUCACCUUGUCUAUCUGCCACCAAUGUGGAAAGAGCUCCUCGAUUUCGACCUGCGGGUCGACUCCCAGCCUUCGCCCCUAUCCUCGAUCCUGAACGGCCAGCGAUUCAACCGCAAACUCGGCGGCUACGCCGGCGUCGUCAACGUCGGCCUGAACGAGACUUGGCUCGGUAGCCACCUCUCCAUGUCCAAUCUCUAUGCCUACGGCAAGAUGGCGUGGGAUCCGACCUCGUCCCCCGAAGCACUGCUCAACACCUGGACCAAAUUGACCUUCAGCCACGACCAAGAGGUCAUCGACACCAUCGCUGACAUGUCCAUGGCCUCCUGGCCCGCGUACGAGAACUACACCGGCAACCUGGGCAUCCAGACGCUCACCGACAUUCUGAACGCCCACUAUGGGCCCAACCCGGCCUCACAAGAUGGCAACCCCUGGGGCCAAUGGACCCGCGCUGACGCCACAACAAUCGGCAUGGACAGAACGGUCUGGAACGGCACCGGCUUCUCCGGUCAAUACCCUUCCGAAAUCGCCGCCCAGUACGAAUCCCCCACCACCACGCCCGACAACCUCCUCCUCUGGUUCCACCACGUCCCCUACACUUACCGCCUACGCUCGGGCCAAACCGUAAUCCAACACUUCUACGACGCGCACUACGCCGGCAGUGCGACGGCGCAGACCUUCCCGACGCAGUGGUCCCGCCUGCAGGGCAAAAUCGACGCCGAGCGCUUCGAGGCCCAGCGCUUCCGCCUCGAGUACCAGGCGGGCCACGCGCUGGUGUGGCGCGACAGCAUUAAUAACUUUUACCACAACAAGAGCGGCAUUGCAGACCAGCAGGGGAGGGUCGGGAAUCAUGCGUAUCGUGUCGAGGCCGAGGAUAUGGCGUUGGACGGGUAUGUGCCGUACGCGGUCAGUCCCGUGGAGGCGGCGUCGGGCGGGUAUUGUAUCGUCACGAGCGAUAAUAGCACGAGGGGGGCGGCGAGUGUGGCCCUGGAAAGGUGGGAGAGCGGGCGGUAUGAUGUGGCGGUCAAUUAUUAUGAUCUGGCGAUCGGGAAUUCGACGUGGGAGCUGUGGAUUGGGGAGGAGAUGGUGGGGGAGUGGAAGGGGGACUUGGAGUAUCGGAUUGGGAAGGCGCCCGUGUUCUACAUCGAUGGGCAAACGGCCACGAGGAUCACGUUUAGGGGUGUGGAGGUCACCAAGGGGGAUGUGUUGAAGAUUGUGGGUGUGCCGGAUGGGCAGGAGCCGGCCCCGGUGGACUAUAUCUCGGUGCUGCCGGAGGGGGUGGUGGAUUAG